UUAUAAUUAAUUUAAUAUCACAAAUUUUUAAAAAAAUAAUAAUAAUUAGAAAGAAUAUUUUAAACCUAUUCUGCUACAAUGCAUAAACUGUUUCCUUGCAAAUGUGGUGAAUUUGAAUAUGACAGUAACUCUUCACUUUAUAACCACAUUAGGCUGAAGCAUAACAAUGAUAUAGAAGGAUAUAAACCUGAAAAAAAAUUGGGAAGACCUAAAGGUAAGAGAAAUUAAACUAUCAUAAAAGAUAAAUCUAAAGUACUUCCUAAGGUUUUAAAAUGUAAAUGUGGAACGACUCUAAAAAGCGAAGGUGCUUUAUCAAACCACAUAAGAUUAAAGCAUAAAAAUCAUCCAGAUUUUUAAACUAUUAAGAAGAAGCAAGGUAGAAAACCCAAAGAUGUUACUAAAUAAUAAAACGAAGUUUAACAAUAAGAGAUAGACUGUUUAGAGACUCAGUAAUUCACAUCAGAACAUAAUGAAAUUAUUAAUACAACCAUUGAAGGCCCAACUUAAAAUAUUUAUUAAAAUCCAAAUACUACUAAAUCGCUUUAAUAAAUUUACUAAGCACAUGAAGAUUAAGAGUCAGAAAUAGUUUAGGAUUAAACAUAAUAGUUUAACCAUAUUGAAGUUGGUGAUUGCUAACUAGAACAGGGAGAUGAAGAUAAUUACUUCCCUUAUUAAGACUAAUUUGACUAAAACAAUUUUGAAUCUGGCUUUUAUGGAAAUUAUCAACAAGAAGAUUUUAUGGAAAUUCAACAUAAUCUCUAUUUUUAAAGUGAAUAAUUUACUAAUUGA